UUUGUUAGAGUUGCGUGCAUCGGGAAUGGUGUAUUGUUGACUGCAGAGGCACUUCACAGUUUGUAGGUCCGAUCGAAUUUCUUUGUUUAUUUGGUGUAGAGAAUCGUACCGUAUCAUCGUGGAUAACGUCCUGCCGCGUGUAAAAGAUUACGACGCGUAGAGGUACGGCCAAGGAAAUCGCGGUAGGGGCCUCGAAUUACCUGGUGGAAAGCCGUUGGAAAUUGAUUCUCUUGGGAAGGAGCAGUGUUCGCAAAGGCGUCCGUCCGACUGUGGUGCUCCGUGCUACCACUUCAGGAGGUUUUGGACGUUCUCGUUUCGGGAACGGACUGCAAUUGUAAUUCCAGAAGGGAAAUAUGGCACAACCAACGAGUAGUGCUCUCAGGGCACUUGCCCUCGAAUAUAAAAGUCUUCAAGAGGAACCCGUCGAGGGAUUCCGCGUAAAACUCGUUAACGAGGACAACAUGUUUGAGUGGGAAGUUGCUAUCUUCGGACCUCCGGAUACGCUUUACGAAGGAGGAUACUUCAAGGCACUUAUGAAGUUCCCGCAUGAUUAUCCGUACAGUCCACCGAGCAUCCGGUUUAAGACGAAAGUUUGGCAUCCGAACGUGUACGAGAACGGAGAUCUGUGCAUAUCGAUCCUACAUCCGCCCGUAGACGAUCCACAGAGCGGCGAGCUGCCGUGCGAGAGGUGGAAUCCGACACAGAACGUCAGGACGAUACUCCUGUCGGUGAUCUCGCUCCUGAACGAGCCCAAUACGUACAGCCCUGCCAACGUGGAUGCCUCGGUGAUGUAUAGGCGCUGGCGCGAUUCCAAGGGUCGAGACAAAGAGUAUGAAAAUAUCAUAAGAAAGCAAGCGCAAGCUGCUAAAAUGGAGGCCGAGAAGGAAGGCAUCGUCGUUCCGAUGACGCUAGAAGAUUAUUGCAUAAAAACGAAUUUGAGGCAACCCGAGCAACAGCUAGACAUGACGGUUUUCUACGACGACGAGUACGAGUUGGACGACUACGAGGACGAUCAAUUAAGCGCCGCCGAAUACGAGGACGGCGACGACAGUGGCAACGGAGAAUCGUGAGCCAUUCCCUAAAACCACGGAAAAAUAAAUUCAAAUAAAACAACAACAAAAAAAUAAAAGAAACGCUAAUUAUUAUCAGUUCUGUAUAGAUUAAUAAAUUAACGGGCUUCUAAACUGGACGCUCUAUCAGUCUCUCUUCGGACGUGCCACCUAUAUAAAUUCAAAUGCGCGCAAUAGAAUUUACUUUGCCUUCGGACGUUGAAGUAUGAUAUAUUUCAAAGGUGCCGUCACUUACCGUGCGUCUAUCGUUACAGCGUUAGGUGAAACGAAUUCGUCGAUUUAUUCGUUGUAAUCGUUCCGUUUCUGAUUCAUUCUACGGUGGAAGAGAUUUCCCUGUGGUUCGUUCGUGGAUCCCCGAACUGAAUUUUACGCGAACCGCCGCAGCUCGAAUUUCGAAAUUCUAGAGGAUAUUAAAUUGUCGAGAAUUCCGAGUUUACAAGCUCUUUAACUUAAGCAAUAUACGGUAUAAACAUAAGUAAUUUGUUAGAAGCACUGUGCUUGUUGUGUUGUGGCUGGCACGUCAAUCUUUUUAACUAGGCAAAAGGUUAGAAAGAAUGGACCAAUUGAUUUACCUCACUUAUAGGCGAUCAGAGUUCGAUUAAAAAAAAAAAAAAAAAAAAAAAGAAAAAGAAAGAAAAAAAAUCGCGACGAAGUACAAUGAUUGGGCUGGCUCAAGUUAUCCGUGUAUCAUAUUAACGAUGUUAUCGGUGAGUACAUCAAUUGAUCCUAUAUUUCAAGAAUUCGAUAAGGUCACAUUCUAGUGAAAUUUCUCCGUUUCGUGUGAAUUUAUUUAUGUUACGAAAUUAAAAGGCCGAAAGGAAAUUCGAUGUAUAAGUGAGAGAAAAUAAAUGAAAAAGAAAAAGGAAAUAUAAAGUCGAACCGCCAAGAAAGACCUGUCGAACACUCUUCGUAGACGUUAAUUUUAUUUAAAACGUGCACACAUUGUACGCUUCGUUUCACAUUUAAACGAUACGAUAGAUUCUUCCGAGUUUCAUUUAAAACGAAGCUCACGAUGGUUAUCGUUCGCAGACUGUCGCAACAUUUUAGGCAGGUCUUUAACGGCUUGUUUGUUCGCGAUCUUUAGGCGUAAAAGAUCAUUUUUACUACGAACGGAUAUAUAUUAAGUUUCGAUGGUUUGUCAUUGACAUUGCUAAAUCUUUUGAGAAGAGUACCGAGGUACGUUUACGGACUUCUGCGUGCAUCGUGCUACAUCCACAAAGUUAGUUUAGCUUAUGACAUUUAUUAAGAUCUCUUGAUGUUUAUGAUGUUAUGUGUAUUAUCUUUCACGCGGGGACAAAGCUUUAUAGGUGAAGUUGAUUAAACGUAAGCUUAUUACUUAAGUGAAAGGAAUACCAGGUACAGCUAACCUACUCUGUGGUAGUGUAUCUGUGCUCGUACGACUGAAAUUGUAAAUAGUACACAAAACUCAACCUUGAAGACAUAAAAUGUGUAAAUGAUACGUCUAUCUUCGUUCUUCAUUAGCCCGUUUUAUCGAGAGACCAAAAUUAAGCGUGUUGAAAGUGUUGAACGGUAAAAAUUAAAGCGGAAGGAUAUUUCAAUUUAAAUAUUAUCCGAAGAAAGCAUAUAAUCAGCGCUUGUAGUGGUAUAGCGAAAAGUAAAUAUCCCCUAGUUCCUUGGUAUAUUACGAAACCUCUUUCAUUUCAUGUCGUCCCUUAGCUACUUAAUAAUAGACGAAACUAUGUAAAACACCGACGUAACGCUAAUAAUUUGUAUACCUCAAAAUUCUUUUCUCCUUUUUUUUGUACAUACGAAUAAAAUCUUUUCGUACAAUUAUUAAUAAAACUAGCGCAAUAAUA